AUGUCUGGGCUCCAAUACUUUUCCUACGAAGGAUAUGGCGUCAACCUCCUCAAAGACAUGCACUACAGCCAAGCUGUACGUGUCGGCGACACCAUUGAGAUCUCUGGCCAGGGGGGCUGGGAUCCCAAGACGGGAGAGGUUGCCAGCGACCUCCUGCAGGAAAUCGACCAGGCCUUCGAGAACGUCGACCUGACCUUGAGAGACGCCGGCGGCGAGGGUUGGUCCCAGGUCUUCCGCAUCCGCCUGUACGCGCUGGACGAGGCGUGGACGCCCGAGGGCAUGGGGCGGAUGGUCGAGAACAUCAAGAAGUGGGCGCCUGGCCACGCGCCGAUCCUGACUGGCAUCGGGGCUUCGAAGCUCGGGCAGCCCGGUAUGCGUGUGGAAGUGGAAGUGUCGGCGUACGAUCCCGAAGGGGCCAGAAAGGCAUCCAACAAGUGA